CAUGUACCUCUCUCUCUCUCUCUCUCUCUCUCUCUCUCUCUAUCAUCCCUCUCUCGUAUUGUGGUUAAAUUCUCUCUCGGAGGUGACCGUUUCUUCACUCCAAAAUCGAAGCUAGGAAGAUUCACUUGGUAGGUUAAUUAUGGCCGUCUCUCUCAUUUCGUGUUUCCCCUUUCAAGUUAGGUUUAUUUGAUAAUGGCGGAAUUUUAGGUUUUUUUUCCUACUUAUGCUAUAUCACGAACUCGUAUACUCCUAUAUUUUUUUCAUCUGUGGUACUGCGAUAGAUUUUCUGGAUUUUGACCUCGAUCGGAUUUGUUUUUUCCUCGGAAAUGAUUUUCUGGAUCUUCGUUUAAUUGGGAUCCGAUUCGAGGUGCCUUUUUGGAUCCGAGUUUUAAGCUCGAGGAGAUUGCAAAGGAAUCUAUAUUGGAAAAUGUUCUUGGACGACACACAUAUGAUUCCAGUGCAACGUGGAAUUAAGGAUCGUGUUCAGAUGAAAUAUCUGAGUUAAAAAAAAAAGGUUUGUUGCUGAAUUUGCUCUAAUGGCUAUUGCUGGCCUGCAAAACAUUUUGGCGAUUGAUUCAUCUUUCCCUCGGGACUCUGAGGUUCGAGCAUCUAGACAAAGGGAAAAUGAAGGAAGGCCGAACGUCCGGGCGUCCUCGCUCCUACAGAUGUGGAGGGAACUUGAGGAUGAUCACGUGACGGGUCAUGCUGCUCGUGAGAGAGAUACUGAGAGGAGGAGUGGCUCCUCUACUUCUAAUGCUUUGAGGGGAAAUGGAUAUGACAGUAAUAUUAGUUCACAUGAUAUCGUUAUAGAUAGUGUUAAUUUGGGUGAGAACGAGCUUGGUGGAUGGUCCCCUACGCCGAGUCAUGUUGGUUCACAUAACUCGAGUGAGGAUCAGAGCGAGCACUCUUCAGAUCUGGGGAUGGUUGAAAGGGAAAGAGUUAGACAGAUUUUUCGUGAGUGGAUGAGCUCCGGGACAGGUGCACAUGCUUCUUCUGCUUCUCCCACAACUAACAGCUCGAGAGCAGAGUGGCUUGGCGAAACUGAGCAGGAAAGAGUGAGGAUCAUAAGGGAGAUGGUUCAGAUGAAUAGCCAACAGAGACCUGUUCUUGGUGACCUCAGGGAAGAACAACCUGUUGAAGCUGGUAACCAGAUUGAAAGAGUAGUCGAUGGAAGGGUUGUUAAUGCGAACUGCGUCCAGAAUGAACAUGCUAGAAGAGGCAUACGCAAGUUAUGUGGCAGGCAAGUGCUGGUGGAUAUGUUGAAAAUGGCUGAGAGGGAAAGGCAAAGAGAGCUGGAGGGCUUGAUGCAGCAUCAUGCUGUAUCCAACUUUGCUCAUCGCAACCGCAUUCAGGCAUUGCUAAGGGGGAGAUUCUUGCGAAAUGGUGCCAAGGUUGAUAGAGAGAAACCAACUUCAUCUGCAGCUACUGAGUUGGGCUUUCUAAGAGAGAGGCAAACUGUAUCUGAGCUGAGGGAGGAAUUUAUAUCCAGACUGGACCGGUCUGUCUCUGGUCAAGCGAGCACUAGUCAUUCGGAGACCUCAUCGAAUGCCGAAACUGAUGAUGAUAGAGCUGAACAAAACGAUUUGAAUUGCCAAGAUAGCAUCAAUGAUGCAGACGGUGCUUCAGAUCUAAAUUGCAGAGAGGCUGACAACCAAAGUUCGCUGGAUGAGUUAACUAAUUCUAGACGCUGUCAUAAUCGGAGCACAAGUUUGGAAGAAAGGACCGCACGUGUAGAAGGCUGGCAGGGGCAACUCUCUGAGAAUAUCCAAAGUGAAUGGCGACGCUCGGAAAGUGAUGAAUUUUCUCAAAGAGGAAAUGAUGCUGAAGUAGACCUGCAUAGCCAUCAAAGGGAUGAUGCUACUGGGUGUUCAUCCUCUUCAAUUCGAGGAGACGAGAACAGAGUAUGCGGUCGUUUACAAGAGACUAGCGAGAUAUCCUAUGAACGGUCUCUGCAAAGUUUUGAAGAAACUGCCACUAUGGGGCCUAUCAACAGGACAACAAAUUUCCAGGAGCAUCUGCCUGAGAGCAUUAAUCUAACCCUCACCUUAGAGGAACAAGCAGAGGAGGAGAUUCUGGUAAACGAAGAAUCUGAUUGGCAACUUAUCAAUGGUGAAACCAGUGAAUGGAGAGAUGACGCUGAGGAGGAGGCAGAUUCGGACGUUCCUGAGAAUUUUCCAAAUCAAUUGUCUCGAAUAUCAUCCGUGGACGAGGACGGAGAAGCCCAUGGCCUCCUAGAACUCACAGAGAUGCAGCCUGAUGAUGCUGAUCUUCAAAGCACAGUACAAGACUGGUCGGAAGAACAUUCUGAUCAAGACACGGUCUCGAUUGAUAGGUCUGCGGUAUUCUAUCCUCGGGAUGAGGAUAAUGAGAACAUGGAACUCAGAGAACUCUCGAGCAGGAGACGUGUCUCAAAUCUUCUGCAAAGCGGGUUUAGGGAAAAUCUCGACCAACUAAUACAAUCUUACAUGGACAGACGAAGCCGAAACCCUGUCGACUGGGAAGAACAUGAGUCUUUUCCUGAAGCUGCACUAGUAGCUGAACAUACAGAACACCAGGAGGAUGAUACUCAGAGUGGUGGCCAAGAAGUUGAUACUGUUGAAUCUCCUCCUUUGUCUCUACCCUCACCAGUGAUUCCAGUUCAGCCAUUCUGGGACCAUGAUCGAUCCAGUUCAAACUGGCCGACACAUGAUAUGCAUCGCAUUGGAAUGGAUUGGGAUUCGAUCAACGAUUUGAGGUUAGACAUGGGAAGAAUACAGCACAGGAUGGAUAAUCUGCAGAGGAUGCUCGAGGCUUGCAUGGAAAUGCAACUCGAGUUACAACGGUCCAUAAGACAAGAGGUCUCUGCCGCUAUGCACCGCUCUUGUGAGACAUCAGGUUCAUCUAUUGACACUGAGAGCUACGAAUCGAAAUGGGAAUAUGUAAGGAAAGGAAUCUGUUGCAUAUGCUGCGAGAGCAACAUUGAUUCUUUAUUGUAUAGAUGUGGACAUAUGAACACAUGCGAGACGUGUGCGAAGAAGCUAGUGGAAGCUGGAGGAAAAUGUCCCAUGUGUCAAGCUCCUGUGGUUGAGGUAGUUCGUGCUUACUCUAUUUGCUGAAACACAACUCUUCUUUUAACUCUCUCUCUCUCGCUCCAAAGCUCUGCUUCAUAGGUUUCUGGGUUUAUACUGAAAUGUCUUGUGAUACUUUAUAACAUAGAAGAUAUUACUCUGAUUCACUCGGCUCUUAAUUUUAUCCGUGGUGUAAGGAAAGACACACACACACUUCCUUAACUAUUUUUAUACACAUGAAAUAUCAAAAGAUUCAUUAGAAAAUUGGUGACAGUAUAUCUGAGACUAUUUACAUUUUUGUGCAUAUCCC